GAUUAUUGUUAUAGGCAAACAAGUGGGUAAGAGAAUCGAACCUAGAGCAAGUGAAAAAGAGAGAUUUGUUCCGAGCAUGCGAUCUAUCUGCUGUUAUCAGCAUUUUCUCUCCCGAAACUAUCAUCGAGAGGUCGCUUAAAAACUUGACUAGCCGCACAAAUCUCACACAGUUUCAAAUGGAACAUUGACUGAGCAAGUUGUCUACAAUUAUUUCUUACAGAGCUCGCAUUCAUUUAAAAAAUAAAUUAUAUAUCAAUUCUAAGCCGUUGUCUUAACUCAAUUCAGACAUGCCAGAGAAACGUAUUGCCCCUGUUAUCAGAAGUUUGGAGGAGUUUGAACAGAAUUUACCUGGAUAUUUGGAUAAUCAAUCAAAGUUGGCCAUACUGCUCGAUUAUGAUGGCACAUUAGCUCCCAUAGCUGAUAAUCCAUCGAAAACCAAAAUGCCCGAUGAAUUGGAAAAGAUACUUCAUAAAAUAGCCAAACAUCCGCAAAUAUUUAUGGCUGUAAUUUCGGGACGUGGUCUGAAAGAUGUACAAAAAAUGGUUAAUAUCGAUGGAAUUACCUAUGCGGGUAAUCAUGGUCUAGAGAUUGAGUAUCCAGAUGGUUCGCGUCACGAUUACAAUUUGCCAAGCGAUAUACAAAAGAAUUACAUUGCCAUGGUGAAGGAGCUCAAGCAGAAGGUGGAAAAGAAUGGCGCUUGGGUGGAGGACAAGCGAGUAUCGCUAACCUAUCACUACAGAGACACACCAGUAGAACUUAAGGAUGGCUUAAAGACACAGGCCGCGGAAAUUUGUCAGAGAUUUGGCUUUCGGCCCAAUCAGGCCCAUGAGGCCAUCGAGGCUAAGCCACCGGUCAAUUGGAAUAAGGGAGAGGCUGCCAUGUAUAUACUGAAACAAAAAUUCGGCGACAAUUGGGCCAAGGAUGUGAAAGCCGUUUUCGCUGGCGAUGACACCACCGAUGAAGAUGCCAUGAGGGUUCUCAAGGGUCUGGGUCGAUCUUUUCGCAUUGCCGCCGAUGCUCAAAUUCAGACAUUCGCUGAUUUCCGCCUGCCCAAACAGGAUGUGAUGACGGAUCUUCUUCAAUGGGUGGCUCGAGCUUACACAUAGAUCAUAUUUAUAAUAAUUUAACAAAUCUAUUUUAAGCAUCUUUAUAAUCUGACUAGUGAAAAUUUAUAAAAAAGAAUCAAAGGUUUUUAAAUACAAAUGCAAAUUCCUAAGGACUAGAAACCACAA